GAAAAAUUCCCAUCCUGCAACCGCGCGCACCCAUCAGCCUCCCAUUGCGACCACGACGAGCUCAAUCCUUCGCCAUGGCGCCUUCAAGAACAAAGACAGUGAAAAACAAGCAUGCCGGAAGUAAGGCAGUACAGGGAAAACACGCCAGCAAGAAACCCGGCCCGCCCGAUGGCAUCGUCAAGGCGAAGAAGAUAAAGGGCACCCCGCCAGCCAAAACGGCCGUGGGGAAGCAAAUCGUCAAGCUCCUGGAGAAGCGCAAGAAGAACAGGAACAAGACCUACACGGACGAGGAACUCGGCAUUCCGAAGCUGAAUAAGAUCACGCCCGUUGGUGUGCAGAAGCCCCGCGGCAAGAAGAAGGGCAAAGUCUUCGUCGAUGACAGAGAGAGUAUGACUACGAUUCUCGCCAUGGUGCAGGCGGAAAAGGAAGGGCAGAUCGAAUCCAAGAUCAUGAAGGCGAGGCAGUUGGAAGAGAUCCGAGAGGCGCGAAAACUAGAGGCCGAGAAGAAGGAGGAAGAGAAGAAGUCCAAACUCGAGGAGGUCAAGGAUAACCUGAGGAAGAAGAGGAAACGAAACAAGACCACCCCGAAAGACGAGGACAACGUCAACGAGCUUACAUCGACUGGGACCAAGGCCACGAGGCCGAAGAAGAAGGUAUCAUUCGCCUAGGGAGGUCCUGUGUCUGCGAAGCAUGCUGGGAUGACAAAAUGGGGGUGUCAAUUGAUCUGGGUAGGCUUCAUUCACUCUUCGGAUUAUGGAUUAUGCACGGCGUUUGUGGACAGGACAAAAUGCUCUUUCAAGUUGUAGUGAGAUCAGGCGUUCAAAGUACCUUAUAUACCACAAUCGUGUGUCAUUCAUGGGUCUCAAAAUACCCCAUGUACCUCAGGCCA